ACUAGCACUGACUUUCCCCCCUCACUAGCACUGACUUUCCCCCCUUACUAGCACUGCCUUGAUGCAGUUAGCUAUUUUAUUGAAGAACAUUUUAAAAUCAAAUCAAAUCAAAUUUAUUUGUCACAUACACAUGGUUAGCAGAUGUUAAUGCGAGUGUAGCGAAAUGCUUGUGCUUCUAGUUCCGACAAUGCAGUAAUAACCAACGAGUAAUCUAACUAACAAUUCCAAAACUACUACCUUAUACACACACAAGUGUGUGAUAUGUGGUUGUCCUACCUAUCUAUCUUAAGAUGAAGGCACUAACUGCAUGUUGCUCUGGCUAAGAGCGUCUGCUAAAUGAAUCUCUAAAAUGUCAUGUAAAAAUUCACCACAGAGUUGUAGAGCAAGCAGACUGGAAGCCUGCGGUCCAAACUGAUUUCACAUAACAUUUCUAAUAAAAUCUUAUUCAGCAGGUUUAAAAGGUGCAGCGAAAUGCUUGUAUUCAAUGCUUGAAAUGCACUGUUAUGAAACGUAGCAAAAUCAAGUGAAACGUACAGUAGCAAAAUACAUCUCUGUGGCCUUCCCUGUGGCCUUCUCUGUGGCCUUCUCUGUGGCCUUCUCUGUGGCCUUCUCUGUGGCUUUCCCUGUGGCCUUCUCUGUAGCUUUCCCUGCCCGAUGAAGAUGACCUAAAGAUGACACCGAGGCACCUGAUCUAUCCUCACUUCGCCAAGGUCAGACAGUGUCUAAAUCCCUGAGCCAAGGUCAGACGGUGUCUAAAUCCCUGAGCCAAGGUCAGACGGUGUCUAAAUCCCUGAGCCAAGGUCAGACGGUGUCUAAAUCCCUGAGCCAAGGUCACACAAUGUCUAAAUCCCUGAGCCAAGGUCAGACGGUGUCUAAAUCCCUGAGCCAAGGUCAGACGGUGUCUAAAUCCCUGAGCCAAGGUCAGACGGUGUCUAAAUCCCUGAGCCAAGGUCAGACGGUGUCUAAAUCCCUGAGCCAAGGUCAGACGGUGUCUAAAUCCCUGAGCCAAGGUCAGACGGUGUCUAAAUCCCUGAGCCAAGGUCAGACGGUGUCUAAAUCCCUGAGCCAAGGUCACACAAUGUCUAAAUCCCGGAGCCAAGGUCAGACGGUGUCUAAAUCCCGGAGCCAAGGUCAGACGGUGUCUAAAUCCCGGAGCCAAGGUCAGACGGUGUCUAAAUCCCGGAGCCAAGGUCAAACUGUGUCUAAAUCCCUGAGCCAAGGUCAGACUGUGUCUAAAUCCCUGAGCCAAGGUCAGACUGUGUCUAAAUCCCUGAGCCAAGGUCAGACGGUGUCUAAAUCCCUGAGCCAAGGUCAGACGGUGUCUAAAUCCCUGAGCCAAGGUCAGACGGUGUCUAAAUCCCUGAGCCAAGGUCAGACGGUGUCUAAAUCCCUGAGCCAAGGUCAGACGGUGUCUAAAUCCCUGAGCCAAGGUCAGACGGUGUCUAAAUCACUGAGCCAAGGUCAGACGGUGUCUAAAUGGCAAAAUUAACAACAUUAAUUUAGAAUGAACCCUACAAAUAGCAGUGUUGGGAGAUUUGGGAGAAACGUGGAGGACAGAGGAGCCUCUUAAAGAAGAAGUUACAGGUCUGUGAGAGCCAGAAAUCUUGCUUGUUUGUAGGUGACCAAAUACUUAUU